AUGCCUCCAGCCAGCUCGUCAUUCACGGCGUUGAAUUUGCCAGAAACAUUUUCUCUCCCACAAUGCAUGGAAUAUUUCACCCUUACCGCUGGUCCCAAUACCGACCUCUGGCGAAAGCCCCCAAAUGGCGAUACAUCCACAGCACCCAUUGUAUUCACGUCACUGCGAAAUCCAUUCAUACUCGCAGAGGUGACCGUUAGUGCGGACUGGGAAAUGGAAUGGGAUCAAGGUGGUUUGGUAAUUUUUGCCGGAGCCGCACCGCAAUCCUGCUCGUCCGGAAGCGCCCCAUUGGACUCCGGAACGCGAUCGAGUCGUUCGGGAUACCCCCAGAUCGCACGACCGUGCAAAUGGGUUAAAGCGGGUAUGGAGUUUAGCUCGGGCACUGUCAACGUCUCUUCGGUCAGUGCAACUGCGGAUGGAGCCGAUUGGUGUCUUUCACCGCUCAGCCUCCCCGACAGCGGGCCAUCAGCCGUGCAGUCGCUGCGCAUCAAAUUAGAGCGGAUCGGCAACUCCCUAUGGAUCUGGUACCAGAUUCCAUCCGCUGUUCCCUAUGCCCUGAGCCCGAGCGCAGUGAGCAGCACGUGGAAGAAACUACGGGAGGUGACAUGGUUCUUCUACGGCGUGGAGGACAAGUUUAUCCAUGUGGGAGUUUACGCGAGUCGGCCGAAUAACAUAUCUCGCAACAGUACCAUGUGGGAGAUGAUGAACGGUCCGGUCUUGAGUGAGUCCGCAGUAGGCUCUCAGGAUUCUUUGGUGGUUGAGUUCGAAGAUCUAGAGAUAUACUAA